GAAGCAGUGGUGCUUCGACACAAAACAAGAAGAUAAACAUGAAGAACACGUUGAAGGAACUGGUUGGUGGGAAAGCACUCGUCUUUAUCAGUGUGCUGGGGUUGGGUGGAUCAUUUCAGAAUGGAUUUCAUCUCACAGCGAUCAGCUCUCCGUCUCCAUACAUUCAGAGCUUUAUUAACAGCAGCUGGACGUAUCACUAUGGAGAUGUUCCAGGAGAGAAGACUGUUACCUUUAUCUGGUCUGCUGUGGUGGCACUAUAUGCUUUUGGAGGUCUCAUUGGCUCCAUUACUGUCAGAUACUUAACAAGUCAUCUGGGAAGAAAAGGAACCACACUGUUGAACAGCGCCAUCGCAGUUGUGGCAACAGUAAUCAUGUACAUUAGCAAACCUACAUACUCAUUUGAAUUGAUCCUUGUUGCACGCUUCCUAUUUGGAUUCAUAGCAGGGCUAGGAGGGAAUGUCCAUGCCAUCUACCUGGGUGAGAGUUCACCAAAGAAAAUUAGAGGCAUGGUGACACUCACUGCCUCUACCUUUUUGUCCCUUGGUAAACUGGCAGGACAAUUUGUUGGCCUCAGGGAAAUUCUUGGCCGUGAAGAGUGGUGGAACAUCCUGUUGUGCAUCCCAACGUUUUUUUGUGUGGUUCAGUUGGCAGUCUUGCCAUUCUUCCCUGAUGCUCCACGAUAUAUUCUGAUAGAGAAGGGCAACACUGAACAAUGCAGAAAGGCACUGCAGUGUCUAUGGGGACCAGGUGAUUAUAAGUUGGAGAUAAAGGAGAUGUCAGAAGAGCAGGCAGUCAUUGGAGAAGGACACAAUAAGAGUUUGCUGGAUCUUCUGAGAGACAAACACCUGCGCUGGCAGGUUCUUUCCCUGCUGGUCAUAAUCGGAUGCAUCCAGUUCAGCGGCGUCUCGGCUGUCACCGUCUUCUCUUUCAAUAUAUUUCUGGAAGCGGGAAUUCCAGUGGACAAGAUCCGUUAUGUCACUCUGGGCAUAGGGGCAUCAGAAGUUCUUAUGUCCAUAACCUGUGGCCUGUUCAUUGAGAGUGUGGGGAGGAGAGCGCUGAUGUGGAGAGGGUUUGGGGGCAUGUCAGUCAUUAUGGCAUUAAUCACAGUCACCCUGUACCUAAAGGACUACAGCUCUGUGAUUCCAUACAUCACAGUCAUCCUCAUUUUCCUCUUCAUCAUUUUCUAUGGGGGAGGUCCAGCUGGAAUAACCCCAUUGCUCACCAAUGAGAUCUUCAUUCAAUCAUACCGCCCAGCUGCAUUUGUGUUCACCGGCUUACUGCGCUGGCUGGGAUUCACCAUGCUUGGAUUCAUCUUCCCAUUCCUUAUUGCCGUUCUGAAGUCUCUGUGCUUUGUUCUCUUCUCCUGCGUUUGUCUGAUAGCCUCUCUCUACAUCUUCUUCAUCCUUCCUGAAACAAAAGGCAAAACUCCACUUGAAAUUUCCCAAGAGUUUAAGAACAUCAGAGCGUGUGGAUCCUCCAAAGAAGAUGUCAUGUGCUUAGAGACUAAGCUGUAAAGUUCAAGAUAACUUGCCUUGGAAUAUUGAUGUAAAUAUGGAUGGAUGUGGACUGGCAUUACAUUAACAUCAUAUUUAUCAACAUCAUAUUUAUAAAGACAGACUGCUUAGCUAAUAUUAUAAGAAAAGGACACUGAUGGUCUUGGGUUUAUUUUGUGAUAAUGGUUGGAUGAAUGUACAUUAUCCCACUUAAUACAUAACGAUAAAUAAAUGCACUUUAAAUAUUGAUUUAACUUAUUAUGUGAGAAGAAAAGACUAUAGAACAGCGGACGAAAUCGGUAGCUAGAAUGGUCAGUACAUUUUAGUGAUCAGAGAGCCGUGUAAUAAAAGAAAUAAUACUAGAGUUUUUUUAAUGAAUAAAAAUAUUUGAAAUAC